AGAGCAAAGCAUGAUGCUGCUCAUUCGCUCCCCAUGGAAUCUAUGCCGCGACUCACGGGUUUUAGGGUCUCUUUUCAUCUCGACCCGACCUGUGAUUCGUUUUUCCCCUCAUAUUGACUCUCUGUACCUUCGCAUUUCGAGGUCUGGAGACCCCAAUAUCUCCAUGGCCUGUUUGCUCGACCAAUGGGUUGAAGAAGGCAGACCGGUCAAGCGAUCGGAACUCCACAAGAUAAUCAAGCAGCUCCGAAAGUAUCGUCGCUUCUCUCAUGCCCUUCAGGUGUCGGAAUGGAUGAGCAAUGAGAUGAACAACCAAUUACCCACUGCAGAUAUUGCUAUACAGCUUGACUUGAAAUCAAAAGUCCAUGGGCUAGAUGAAGCAGAGAGAUAUUUUUCCAGCAUUCCAGAAACUUCAAAAGUCUCCAAGGUCUACUGUGCUCUUCUGAACUGCUAUGCAGAGCAUGGAUAUGUAGAGAAAGCAGAGGCAAUCAUGCAGAAAAUUCAACAGUGCAGUUCGAUUAGUGUACUGACUUAUAAUGUCAUGUUAAGCCUUUAUUGUCGGUUGGGUAAAUACGAGGAAUUGGAAACUUUGAUGGAAGAAAUGAAAGAGAAGCGCAUCUGUGACAGAUAUAGUUACAGCAUUCGGUUGAAUGCAUAUGCGAAAACCUUAGACAUUGAGGGCAUGGAGAAGUUUCUGUUGCAAAUGGAAGCUAAUGGAGCAGCAGUGGACUGGCAUACAUAUGCCCUUCCUGCAAAGGCUUAUAUAAAAGCUGGGCUUUCUGAAAAGGCCUUACAAAUGCUGAAGAGAUCGGAGCAUCUCAUCAAUGAAAGCUCAAGGACAAGGAGGAUUGCCUAUGAAACUCUUCUUAAUAUGUAUGCUGCCAUCGGCAACAAACAAGAGGUUUAUCGUGUUUGUAGUAUGUGUAAGAACUUGGGGCGUUCACGUAAUUCUGUUUACGUCUCUAUGAUAGGCUCAUUAUUGAAGUUGGAUGACAUUGAUGGUGCUGAGAGAAUUCUGGAGGAAUGGGAAUCUGAUAAUACUUGUUCUGAUAUGAGGAUUCCUAAUAUGCUUAUCGGUGCUUAUUGUAAGAAAGGUCUUUUGGAUAAGGCUGAAGCAUUGAUAAGUAGGUAUUUGAAGCUUGGGAUGAAACCAGAGGGAACAACAUGGGCUCAUUUUGCCAAUGGAUAUAAGGAACAGAAUGAUAUGGAAAAAGCUCUGGAAAUGGUGAAGAAAGCAAUAAUGGCAGAUCGACCUGUAUCAAGGCUUAACCCGUUUACUUUGUCUGCUUGCAUUAAGCACUUGAAAGAGAAGGGCGAUUCAGAAUAUGCUGGUGACCUUAUAAAUUUAUGUAGACAAAGAGGCAUUAUAACCGUGGGUACCUAUGAUAGAUUAUUUGAUUACAUUCAAAAUGACAACCCAGAUGCUAUCAUGGAACAACAUUUUCUGUUAGAUAGAAAAUAUCAACCUCCAGAUGAUGAGAGAGAAGACACCUAAGUUCUCGAGCACAAGGCUUCUAUUGCCUGUUGGUGUGCUAUAAUAUAUUAGAAGCAGCUGAUGCAUGUCGUUUUAUGAAUUUUGCUCGAUCCGUUGUUCCCUUGCUUGCAAGUUACAAAUUGAGGGUUCUGAUAAAGCGUGCCUUUGUCCUCUGACCAAGUGGAAGUACGGAGAAAACUGAAGAUUGAAAUGCUUCCUGCUAGCUAUGGCCAUGGUUCUUGUGAAGGCUUCAGAAUGAGACAUAAACAAGGGUUAACAAGGGUUCUCUUUCAACUCCUGAAGACUAUGAUUGGCCGCUACGAGAGAAAGCCAGGCAUCAAUCUAAAUAGUGGCAAGUGAUACAUUCUUAGGUUGCAUUAGUCUCUUAAGACAUUUAAAAAAUGAUUUUAUGGGGAAGAAAUUAAAUAACUUAGUAAUAGUUAAUUUCAAUAUGG